AUGACUUCGAUGGCCUCUGACGACGGCUUUCACUCCAUCAUCGGUAUCAUGGAGUCAGCAGAACGGUCGCCUACGCCUACAACGACGAGCACAACCACACCCACGCCUACACCGACGCCUACGCCUGCACCCGCAUCAUCCACACAUCAUACCCCAGCAUCUGCAUCUGCAUCUGCUCCUGCUCCUGCUCCUGCUCCUGCUCCGGCACUUGCACCCGCACUCUCCCUCGACCCGUCUGUAAGCAAGGCCCGCAAAACACCUGCUCCUGCUCCUGCUCCUGCUCCGGCCCCGGCUCCCACUGCUCCUGCCGCUUCCUCGCCUGGCCCUACCGAGAACGCCCACCCUGCACCGUUGCGCAACCACUCGUUUGUUGGCCCGCGAGCACUCCACGCCAACCCUUCUUCCUCGACCUCUCCCCUCUCCUCGCGAGACGCAUCGCCCGCACGCCCAACCAAACGCGCCGCAGCCCCCGCAGGAAGCAACCCGAGGUCCGGCUUUCGUUCACCCAAGAGCAGCACCGAUGUGAGCCCCAGCCGCGUGUCCAGUCUUGCCGGUUCCAGUGCCAAGGCUCCCUCUGCUGUCUCGAUACAACGCGCCCUGUCGUCGACGAGCAUCCCAGAGCUCACUCCCACGUCUGCCGCAGACACCGCGAGGCCGCCCCGCCCUCUCAAGUCCGUCUGUGGCCCCAAUUCUGGCGACUCCACCCCUCACUGGCCCAUCUCGCCGCGUCUCAAGUCUCCACCCCCGACCGACGACGGCCGCUCUCGCUCCCGCGCCAACUCCCUGCGCUCCCAGAUCAGGAAGCCCGAGGCGCAAUCCACUCCCGCCAUUGUCGUACAGAGCUCCUCGCCAGCCUCCUUGGCCCGUUUCCCUGUCCGAGACGACGCUUCCGCCAGUGAGCCCGACGAGCCUGUGAUGAGCGCCAAAGGGCCGUCUCGUGGUGCCAGCGGUGCCGCCCCCAAGCUGGAGACGGUCCAGGAAUCCAGUCUGCCUGCCACGCCUGGUUUCGACGGUCUCGAUUCGCAAAUUCUUCUUCCCACAGCAUCUACACACAAGGCCUCCGACGAAGAGCGCAAUGACGUCAGCCCGUCCAAAGUCACAGAAGACCUCAGCACCAGACUCAACCACAACACCAAGAACGCCGCCGAGAGUGGGAGCGACAGUGCCACGAGAUCCGGCAGAAAAGGGAAGAUGCAGGAGAAACGAGCGGCUUCCACACAACGGCCUACCACCGUCUCCACGAAACCCUCUCUUUCGUCGCUUUCGACCAGGUCGCGCACGGAUCCGCCUCUGCGCAACAUGACGGUAGAGACGGAGACGGUCCCGUCAGUAGCACAGCCCACAAUCGGAAACCAGGACCGCUCGUUGUCCGGCCGGGUAGACGGAAGCCUGCGGCUCAAGCCCAGCAACGAAACGAUACGCCCCAAGAAGAAAAGGGAGCCUCCGAAGCGCAAAGCACCGUCUAUUAAUUCAGGCACUGGUAGGUCGCCGCACAUCUCGUAUCAUUACAGCACGCCGAGGCGGCCGCAAGUCGGCUCUCGCGCCAAGACGACAUCUUCACUGGGAAGUCCGCUCUCAUAUCGCUCAUAUGACGACCGACGGUCCUUGUUGACAGUGUCACCCCCGAGUCCAGAGAUGCGCAUGCUUUCUCCCCAACCCCCUGCCCUCAGAUAUUUUUAUUCGGCUACUAACGCUAGCCAUCGUAAAGCUUCCUCCAAGGCCGACGUCUUCGAGCAAAAGGUCGCAAGCGCCGUCGACGAGAACUCGUCCGACUCGGACGCGACCUUUAUUUACGAGUCGAACCCGCCCGAACAGCAGCCGCACCGAAGCCGUCAGCAUCACUCGCGGACGCCGAGCAUGACAUCGAUUACCAGUCUGGCGGACCCACGACUAGCCAUUCGUGACGCGCACAAGAAUCCGAACAAGAAGAGUAGCAUGAAGUUCACAAAUCCUUACAACAACCCGAGCAUCGAUGGAGAUGCCAUGGAUCGGGGCGAUGGUACGAUUCGCAUCGGGUCUGGACGAGCAGGCGGCGGCAGCCACCACCAUCACAUUGGAAGACACGGUCAAGGGCGUGGAGCGCUAAACCACCUGGUGAUGGACAGCGACUCCUCCAUGCCACAGUCGUCGCGUGCCCGUGGGCCGUCGUCACGACAGGUCUCGCAGCCCAAUAGCCCUCGCUUUCAUGCCUUCAACGUUGGCAACGGGCAUGGCAGCACUAACGGCAGCAAGAAACAUGGCGAAUAUUCAGCCGCUUACGACAUUGAUGUGGAGCACGUAGCCGAUGAUGAGCGGACGCCGCUGAUCCCAUCGGGCCGAAGCCCACGCGUUCGAACGCCGCGUCGAAGGAAUAGCGCUACGACACGCCACUUGGAACGUCGACAUCGGCAGAAUGGCGGAUGGUGUCGCAGGUUCGCGGGAUGCCUGGUGCUGUCGAUACUUUUGCUGGUUGUCAUCUUCAGCUCCGCCGGCCUGGUGUUUGCAACCACGAAGCCGCUUGUCGGCGUCGUGGUGGACAGUGUACGCAAUGUGGUUGCUAGUCAGGAGGAGAUUAUGUUUGAUCUCGUCGUGAAUGCCACCAAUCCCAACAUCAUUGGCGUCACCAUUGCUGAUAUGGAAGUGAGCAUAUUCGCAAAAAGCAAGCACGUUGGCACUGACAAGUGGUGGCGCGAGCAUGGAAACGGUCCACGAGGCAACGAAAGGGAUUGGCCACAUGUGGAUCCUCCUGUCCGUGAGAAUGGCGAGGAGAGGAGCGUUGCCGGCAUCGAUGAAGGGAACGAUCCAAUCGAUGGCGAGCUGCGCACGAUGCUGCUCGGCCGAAUUACCCACUUUGGCUCGCCAUUGACCUUUGAGGGAUCCUUCUUCCAACGCCACGUAGAACAGUCCACUGGAGAGAUACACCUAGUGAAACCUGGAAACAAGACAGAAGCCGGUGGCUCGGAUCGCUGGGAAGAAGUGCUACAAUACCCAUUUGAGCUCAUCGUACGAGGUAUAUUCAAGUACACGCUGCCUCUGAGCACAUCGGUCCAUUCCGUGUCGGUCACAGCGACCUACUAUUACGACCCCGACCAGGAGAAGAAGUUGGUUGACGGAGAGUUGGGGAGCAUAUCAGGGAAGAGGAGAAGCUUGCCACAACCUGUACCAUCAAUACCAUUGGGGAGAUACGGUCGCCGGACCACCAAGCAGUUGGAACCGCAAUGA